AUGGCAGAUAACACUACAUACAACCACAUUUCAUAUUUUUUCCUGGUUGGUAUUCCUGGGUUGGAAAGUGUUCACUGCUGGAUUGGCAUCCCUGUCUGCCUCCUGUUUGUCCUGACCCUGCUGGGAAAUAGCAUAAUCAUAGCUACUGUCAAAGUAGAACCAUGCCUCCACCAACCUAUGUACUUUUUCCUGUGUAUGCUGGCAAUGAAUGACAUGUGUCUUGCGUCUUCUACAGCUCCUAAGAUGCUUGACAUCCUCUGGUUUGAUGCACAUUGGAUUGAGUUUGGUGCGUGUCUAACACAGUUGUUUUUUAUCCACACACUUUGCAUUAUGGAGUCAGCUCUCCUAGUGACCAUGGCGUAUGAUCGCUAUGUGGCUAUUUGCACCCCACUGCAUUAUGCAACCAUCCUGACCACAUCCAUGGUGACUAAACUCGGUCUAGUUGGCCUGAGCCGAGCUGUGCUCAUGGUUUUGCCAUGUCCUCUUCUCAUUAAGAGGCUGCCGUACUAUACAAAAUAUGUCAUCCAUCACACCUACUGUGAGCACAUGGCUGUGGUGAAGCUUGCCAGUGCCAAGACACUCAUUAACAGAGCAUAUGGGAUCUCAGUGGCCCUGUCAGUGAUGUCAGUAGACCUAGUGCUUAUUGCCAUGUCCUAUGUAAAAAUCCUCCAGGCAGUGUUCCGGCUCUCUUCCCAGAAUGCCCGCUCUAAAGCGCUGGGCACCUGUGUGUCCCAUGUCUGCACUAUCCUUAUUUCCUACACCCCUGCACUGUUUAGUUUCUUAACUCACCGCAUUGGUAAGAAGGUCCCUCCAAGUGUCCACAUUAUCUUUGCCAGCGUGUACCUCCUAGUGCCUCCUGCAGUUAAUCCUGUGGUUUAUGGGGUGAAGACCAAGCAGAUUCGUGAACGAGUGGUGGGUCUUUUCUUUAACACAAUAAACUUUCUGAAAGGUAAAACGUUAUCCUAA